UUAUUUAAAGUUGUUAAAUAUCAAAAUUACAUUUUGUCAUCAAUUUUAUGCCGAUAUAAAAAAAUACAUUUAAUUGCUCUAAUGCAAAGCUUGAUGACCAAUUUUUAACCUCUUCCCGUUAAAGGAAACUUAUAAUUUUAUAUUGUUUUACUGUAAUUUUUAUAAUAUUUGUAUGUCCGUUUACAUAAUAUUUAUAGAGUGAUUACAGAAAAAUGAGGUUGACAUCGAUAUUAUGUCGUAACGCGAGGCAACCACAAAAUGAGAAAAAGGUUCCUUUUAAGGCAUUGUUGCCAUUGAAACUAAGGGAUUUUGUAAGCGGAAAGAAUCAAAUGACAACAGAAUCACGAGGAUGUUUGUAUGAAAUGACUUUGCUUUUAUCGUGUCUUGAAGAAAAUGAGUUUGAAGACAAAAGGUGUGUUCCACAGUUAAAUGCAUUAAAUCAAUGCUUUAAAGUUUACUCGGACAAUAUGCAGCGUGCAAGAUCCAUAAAGGAGCAAACAGUACCCGUGCCUAAUAGUAAGAACCUUACACAUAAACAGAUUACAUAUCUUUUACGAAGAUAUCCAGUAGUAUAGUGUUCAGCACAGUAAUGAUACAUUAUAAAACAAUUAGAUUAUCAUAUUCCUAAUAUAAAUGCAUAAAAUGAAUAAAUGUUUCUGUAGAUAUUUAUAAAGACCCAUAAAUAUAUCUUUAUU